GAGGGUCACGUGUGUACACAGUGUCGGGCUCCAGCAGUAGUAAAGUCUGCCGCGGCUCUGCCUCCUUUUCACAAGGAGCCUCGUCCGCCGGAAAAGUUGCCGAGCGAAGUGCUCGGAAAUGCGGUGAGACGGACCCGCUUCGUGGAACUCGCCGUGUUGCGGAGGCGACGAGGAGCCGAGGCGCGUGAUUUUCUCAUCUGCAGGAUGUGUGAUUUUGGAAGGAAACGAGCGAGAAAUGCGAGUGGAAACGCUUCGUCCGAACCUGAUGCGCCCGUAGGUUUGUCACCGAGCCAAGUCCGUACGUUCCUGUCGACCUGUUGAGUGCUUGACCUGUGUCAGAGCCCAGCGAUGUGGAUCUGCAUGGUUUACAAUGAGACGGACACUAGCGUGGACUUCCGCCUCUGCCAGGACUUUGGCCUCAUCCUGUCAGUCUUCUCCCUCGUCUACCUCCUGGUGUGCUUUCCACUGGGGCUGUGCUACAAUGUUCUGCUGGUCGUGGUCAACCUCUCCAACAAGGUGUCCAUGACUAUGCCCGAUGUGUAUUUCGUCAACAUGGCCAUCGCGGGCAUCGUGCUCAACCUUGUAGCGCCCGUGGAGCUGCUGAGCUCGACCUUCACCCGCUGGCACUUAUGGGAGUACAACAACGAGGUCUACAUCACCCUGCUCAUCCUCUUCAACAUCUCGUCACUGGUCAUCAUGUAUUCCACCACGCUGCUCAGUCUGGACUACUAUAUAGAGCGAGCGCUGCCUCGCACGUACAUGUCCAGCGUGUAUAACACAAAACAUGUGUGUGGGUUCAUCUGGGGCGGUGCAGUGCUCACCAGCUUCUCCUCGCUGCUCUUUUACGUGUGCAACCACAUCUCCACCAAGAUGGUUGAGUGCUCCAAAAUGCAGAACAAGGAGGCGGCAGACGCCAUCAUGAUGUUCAUCGGCUACGUGGUUCCGGCUGUGGCCGUCCUCUAUGCCUUUGUGCUCAUUUUGCGCAUUAGAAAAGAGACAACGCCUCUGGAUCAGGACUCCGCUCGCUUGGACCCUUCCAUCCACAGGCUGCUGCUAGCCUCAGUCUGUGUGCAGUUUGUACUGUGGACCCCAUACUACAUGACCCUGUUGGUACACACUGUAGCUGGUGCGCCGGGGUACGUAAGCAAUGCACACUACUUACCUACCUAUUACUUCUUGAAAUGUGUGUCCAAACUGCUGGCAUUCUCAAGCAGCUUUGCGAUGCCUCUCAUGUACAGGCAGAUGAACAAAAACUUUUCCAACAAGCUCCAGCGGCUGCUCAGGAGGCUGCACUGUGGAGGCCGCUCUUGCCCUCACGAACGCUCAAACGUGCAGCAAGUGGUGACGUGAGGUCAGCCCCUGGGAGAUCACUGACGCACCCUCCCAUUCCCCUCCCACUUCCACCUCAUGGCCUAGCCGGCACUUAACCCCCACCUGCCCCCACAGAGCCAGUAUCUGACUGCUGUCCCUCGCUGCUCUGGACUGUGUUAAGAGCGACCUAGCUGACUGGGGAAUCGCCUGUCACCUUCCAAAACUGGAUCUGAUAUAUAUCCUCCUCUGCAGUGAGAGGACAAACCAAGCAAAAAACCACUAAGUGCUGUUAUUUCUUGUCACAGAGUGAAGCUCUCCAUUAAGAUAUUCUGGCUUCUAGUUUCAGGGCAGUACUUUCGGCAGAAUCAGCCAAUAACGCAAAGUAUCCUGUUAGCAAGGGACUCCCAAUCACUAUACCUCUGCACUGGGUGUUUUUUUGUGUUAAGUUGUUUUCCUGCUGACAGCGUGCAAGUGUGGCCAAUGCAUGACAGCCUGAAUUUCACUGUUAAGUGACAAUAUGCUAUCAGAUACAGUAUAUUUUUAAAUGUCUUUAGUGUUUCCCUCCAGCAUGAAGCUACCACCCCCCCCCCCACACACACACACACACAAACACACACACACACACACACACACACACACACACAAGCAGAAGCAGUAAAGCUUUAAACUUAAAUUAUGAAGUGACGCCAAUUUGUUUUGUUACUGAAGAGAAAACUCUGCAUUGACGGAUGGCGACUGGUAGCAACCCUCCGCAGCUAAUGAACUUGUGUUGUGUGUCAACAUGGCAAAGCACCGCUCGGCGCUGCUGGUGAAGAGCUCUGUCUACUGCCCUGAAGCUACAGGCCUUGAUCACUUGAAAGAAAAGACAGUUCUACCUUUGCAGAGCUGAAUUCUCCUUUUUACUUAAAUGCGUGGAGAGUGAUUCCUCAUUAUCAGUGCAAAUGCUCUUUACAUUUCAAAGGUGAAGUACAGUUGUUCAUGUACUCUUCAAGAUAUUGUAUCUUCUCUAUUGAUACCAGCACUACCCUGUAGCUAUAAGUAGGCGCUAGUUUGAAGACAUGUUCUCAUUUCAUUUUUUUUUUUUAUAGUUUUGAGUUCUGAGGUUUUGAUCCACUCACAGUCAGAGAGAGAUUAUUCUUGCAUAUGUGAAGCUCCACGUUAUGAAAUAUAUAGUGUACACACCCACACCACUUGGAAGCGACACAUGAAAUGCUCAUAUAAAGCUUGUAUUCAGGUUUCAGACAUAACCGGUAUACCUCUCUGCUGAAAUCACAUCACCUGUUAUCCACGCGCAGCUCAAAUCAACUCAUUUGAUAAAAAGAAAUCCUCUCAUUAGUCUGAGUGGAGAGCCUCAGCCCAGUGUGUGAUUUGUUGAAAUGUGUUUCGCAUCUGCUGGAGCUAUGCAUGCGGUGUCACAUUGGGUCAGUCAAGUCCGCACGGAGUCACAGAGAAGACCCCGAGGAGGCGGUGGAAUGUACAUUCCCUAAAUCGCAUGCCCACUUAUGAGUGGUUGAGAGGUUUUGUCCAGGUGGAAAUGUGUCACCAUAAAAAAAACCCAACAACCUUCACUUAAGUAUGAAAGACUCACCUGCCAAGCACCUAUAAACAGCGUGUUUGACACAGAAGUAGUGUUUGAUCUGUAAAUUCUGCUCAGAUGCAUCAAGGUUAACUGCACGUUUUUUGGCAAAAGCUCCUUUGCUCUGUUGCCGGCCACUAAGUGAACGGACAAUUGUAAUAGAGAUGAAUACCAGUUAUAAAAAUGAACAAUAAAAUGUUGUUCUUGCAUUAUGAGGUCUGCGCAUUUAGUUUAUUCACUGGUAAAUCCCUCUCUAACACUCAAUGAUAAUCACUUAUAUAUGUAAAAGGUUGAACUUUACAAACAACUGGCUUUGACUGUUAAAUGCAAUGGAUUUCAAAGUAAUUUAAAGCUUCAUAGACAUGUGCAGUUAUUAUUAAGAUUAUAAUAUAACUUUACAUUUACACAUACUCACAAACCAGGAAUAUUUUGCUUCUAGGAAUGUGGUAUGAAACAGUGUCCAACAAUUGACUCUCGCUUCAAAGCUCCACCAUCACUUAUGUGUAUCUGCAAUCAGCCAGUAGGAAGUGAGUGUUUGUUUUCAACUGAAACCGUGUGUUUACUUUAAGCGCUUCAGUAUCUGCUGCCCCCAUUUCUAAAGAAAAUGACAUAUUUUGACUCAGUUAAUCAUUAUUUAGCCUCCGUUCAAAGUCCUGAUGCUCACUAUUUAUUUAAGACUGGGAGUCAAAACAGCACUAUGUCAAAUGAUGAGUGGUGUGAAAUGUGGAGAAGGUGGUGUCCAGACAUGUCCACGUUGUUUUUACCAAAAAUUCAACUAAUACUUAAUCAGUAGGUCACACACUGACACUUGAAUUACAGCGGACAGAAUCAAAUGUUUCCUAUAAUAUCAUUAUUUGAUCCUUUGGUGUUUUUCUGCAGAUAAAAUUGACAAACUUGAUGUCAAUUUGCCUUUAAUUUCAUGACAAUGCAUCGAAGUCGAAACAUUGGAAAUAUAGUUAUUUUGAUUUCAAAAUAUUUUUAGGCUUCUGUAUCUUUUAAUCUAGGUCAGAAUUUGCAUUUGUGACAAUCAUGGGGAUUUUAAAUCGAUGUAAAGUGUUAGGACCAUUUAACUUCAUCAUGUUUACUGCACUACCUUGACUCAAAUUACACAAAAACCUUAAUGAAAUAUCGAAAUGAUCGGUCUCGGUAAUAAUUAUCAGCCACCAUAAAUUGACUAACUGCACCAUCUUCACAACUGACAAGUAAAGCUUGAUCAAAGUGGGUUUGGAAUCACACGAGUGCUCUGUCUGUCUGGGUUCGGUUUCUUAUUUCAGAGGGGCCAUAUACACUCACAUCAUUGCAAAGAAAUGUGAGUGAUUACCACUGAGCUCAGUUGAAUAGCGGAAACAGGCCGAACAGUUUGAGUUUUUUCGAAUGUAUGCAGAUGUAUUUUAGCUGGCAAAGCCUCAGAAGUCGAGUUGAAUCCACUUUUCAGAUGUGAUGCUUUUUACGACUGUGUAUGCAAGUGUAAAUGUCAUGUGUAUAUAUGUUGUAUGUGAGAGAUUUACAGGAAGACGACACGCUCUUUCAAGUAAAAAAAAGCAUACAGUAUUAUUUUUUUGAGAGAUAUAUUUAGAUUCUGUAAGUAAUCUACCCAACUGAGUCAAAGACUGAAUAAACAAUAAACUAACA